AUGAGCGCCCCCCCGACGCUGCCCCCAGAGGGCGAGGAAGAGCUCCAGACAGCCUGGUCCCCUGCGGUCAACGCCAGCUGCGCCCCUGCUGAGGAGGAGGCAGCGGCGGGGACCGGGGACGCAGGGGCACCGGGCAUGGUCGCCAUCCAGUGCAUCUACGCGCUGGUGUGCUUGGUGGGCCUGGUGGGCAACGCCCUGGUCAUCUUCGUGAUCCUCCGCUACGCCAAGAUGAAGACGGCCACCAACAUCUACCUGCUCAACCUGGCCAUCGCGGACGAGCUCUUUAUGAUGAGCGUGCCCUUCGUGGCCUCGUCGGCCGCCCUGCACCACUGGCCCUUCGGGUCUGUGCUGUGCCGCGCGGUGCUCAGUGUGGACGGCCUCAACAUGUUCACCAGCGUCUUCUGUCUGACGGUGCUCAGCGUGGACCGCUACGUCGCCGUGGUGCACCCUCUGCGCGCCGCCACCUACCGGAGGCCCAGCGUGGCCAAGCUCAUCAACUUGGGCGUGUGGCUGGCAUCCUUGCUGGUCACCCUGCCCAUCGCCAUCUUCGCUGACACCAAACCGGCUCGGGGCGGCCAAGCCGUGGCCUGCAACCUGCAUUGGCCUCACCCGGCCUGGUCGGCGGUCUUUGUGAUCUAUACUUUCCUGCUGGGCUUCCUGCUGCCCGUUCUAGCCAUCGGCCUGUGCUACCUGCUCAUCGUGGGCAAGAUGCGGGCGGUGGCACUGCGGGCCGGCUGGCAGCAGCGCAGGCGCUCAGAAAAGAAGAUCACGCGGCUGGUGCUGAUGGUGGUAGCAGUCUUUGUGCUCUGCUGGAUGCCUUUCUAUGUGGUGCAGCUGCUAAACCUGUUUGUGACCAGCCUUGAUGCCACAGUCAACCAUGUGUCCCUCAUCCUCAGCUACGCCAACAGCUGUGCCAACCCUAUCCUCUAUGGCUUCCUCUCAGACAACUUCCGCCGUUCCUUCCAGCGGGUUCUCUGCCUGCGCUGCUGCCUCUUGGAUGUCGCAGGUGGUGCUGAGGAAGAGCCCCUGGACUACUAUGCCACUGCUGUCAAGAGUAGAGGUGGGGCAGGAUGGAUAUGCCCCCCACUCCCCUGUCAGCAGGAGCCCUUACGACCAGAACCCAGCCGCAAGCCAGUCCCUCUCACCAGGACCACCACCUUCUGAAGAACCCUUUCACCUCCUCCCCAGCCUGGCCACCUGUAAGGGAGUCUGUGCUACCCUGACACCCCAGCAGACUGCCAGUCCUAGAUGCUCAUCUAAGAGCCACCACCUGUUCCCACCACAGCCACAGCCACCUUUUCCCAGCAGUCUAUGGGCCAGCCCCAAGAGCAUCAAAGCUCCUUUCCUUUGUUCUGUCCUCAGGACUCUGGUUUCUAGGGGGGCACCUCCAUGGGGGUAGGACUCCUCUGACCACGUCCAUGAUGUUAAUUAUUCCUGGAUCUCUGACUAGUUUCCGAGGGGUGGGAAGCAGGGGGAUGCCAGGCAGGAAUGGCCAUCUGCAUGUGACGUGUUACAGAAUCUCUGCCUUGGAGAGGGCUGUCCAGAGGGUGGAGGCAGCCUGUGCCCUUGCUCUCUGCAGACUCUGCCUGUGGUGGGGACAUAGCAUGUUCGAAAAGGGAGGGGAGGAAGGAAGAUGCCUCCAAGCACACCAGUGGCUUCCAUUCCUGGGAACUUUUCUAACUGAAAUUGAUGCAUGACAGCCUGGGGCACCUCCAGGCCCAGUGCCUGCUUGCAGUCAGAAAUGUCACUCAGUUUUCUGGGGCUAGCAGCAGGCUUCCUGUGAGUAGGAAAGGUCUGGAAAGUCAUGAUGUGGGAUUUGUUAUGAGGCACAAAACCAGGUCAGUGAUGAUAAUAAUAAUA